GGACCGGCGGCACCGAACAUGGAGCUCUCGCGCUGAUCUCGUGCCUCAGAUCCAACUUGAGUGUAAAAAGUUCCGUGGAGUUUGUGUUCGCACGUGAGGCUGCGGCAGGAGUGAAGCGAGGAGUUUAGAGUUCCUCUAUCUGCAUCUGCAUCUGCGUGAGGGGAGAAAGAGGGGCUUUAUUGGAAAUUCUCGAACCCCCAUCGGGACGCUCUCGGCUUUCAGUUUUCCAUGGAAAACUCGAAGUUUGCUGGGAUCUUGUGAGGCCACACAAACUGAUGAAGGCACAAUCGAGUCUCCAAAGACUGGCUCCAACAGUGCGAUCCCUGUACAGUGAAGUGUCAUCAGUGUGUGUGGCGCUCCCCAGUGAUCAACCGCAGGAUAGCAGAGAGAUGUAUAACCCUUCUAUGACCCCUGGAGCCUGUAUGGACCCCUACAUGCGGCCGCCACAUGCACCCCCACCACACAGCAUGAUGGGACACCGUGGAAUGCUCCCGCCAGAGGGUGGCAGUGGCGCCCCCUACUGUAACCAGAGCAUGAUGACGUCUCAUCACAAUCUCUCACUUAACCAGACAGGAUUAGAGCACAUGGGCAGAGGAGAUGCCUCUUGUUUCUCUACGCCUCGCUCCAUGCUGAAGUUGAGUAAGAAGCGCGCUCUGUCCAUCUCACCCCUGUCUGAUGCCAGUGUGGACCUGCAGACGGUUAUACGCACGUCUCCCAACUCGCUGGUGGCGUUUGUCAACUCUCGCUGUGGACAAAACGCUGCCAGCUCGUACGGGCAUCUGUCUUUGGGCACCAUGAGUCCAUCAUUGGGGUACUCAAACUCCAUGAACUACCCAUCCAGAGCUCAGGGGAGCAUGUACAGCACUCCACUAGGUCACCCCUCUCCAUCCUGUCAUGGACCUCCACCUCGCCUGCCGCCCCACAACACAAGACUGCACGCCCCCCCAAAACACACACAUCUGAAGACAGAACCGGUUCUGGGCAGUGUGAUGGACAGAAUCAACAUUAAGAACCUGGAGGAGCAUUCAGAGGGAGACGUGGCGAGUCCAUCUUCAACUGGGACGCAGGACCCUCUUCUGGGUCUGCUAGAGGGCAGAGAUGAUCUCGAUAAAGAGGAGAAACCAGAACCAGAGGCCAUUUAUGAGACCAACUGCUACUGGGAGAACUGCAGCAAAGAGUUCGACACGCAGGAACAACUUGUGCAUCACAUCAAUAACGAGCACAUCCACGGCGAGAAGAAGGAGUUUGUGUGCCAUUGGAAGGAAUGUUCUCGAGAACAGCGGCCGUUCAAAGCGCAGUACAUGCUCGUCGUCCAUAUGCGCAGACACACUGGGGAGAAACCUCACAAGUGCACUUUUGAAGGCUGUAAUAAAGCUUACUCACGUCUGGAGAACCUGAAGACUCAUCUGCGCUCACAUACGGGAGAGAAACCAUACGUCUGUGAGCACGAGGGCUGCAACAAGGCUUUCUCCAACGCGUCAGACCGAGCCAAGCAUCAGAACCGAACACACUCCAAUGAGAAACCGUACGUCUGUAAGAUUCCUGGGUGUACAAAGCGCUACACCGAUCCGAGCUCUCUUAGGAAGCACGUGAAGACGGUACACGGACCUGAAGCUCACAUCACUAAAAAGCACCGGGGAGACACCGGGCCACGACCCCCAGGCUCCAGCCUGACCGCUGCAGGUCAAGAGCUGCUGAUCGAGAAAGAAGAGCGAAGCAGAGAAGACUGCAAACUACUCGCUCCAGAAAACACACUGAAAUCUCAGCCAAGCCCUGGUGGCCAGUCGUCCUGCAGUAGUGAGCGUUCUCCACUUGGCAGUGCUAACAACAACGACAGUGGUGUUGAGAUGAACCUGAAUGCAGCGGGUAGUCUUGAGGACCUGACAACGCAAGAGGAGAGCAGGAACACUGGUCUGUCAGAGUCAAGUGGUGGUGUUGGGUCGGGGGGAAUGUGCAUGUCUGUACAGGCCUUGAAGAGGCUGGAGAACUUAAAGAUUGACAAACUGAAACAGAUUCGCCGGCCAACGUCACCCGGGCGGAGUACAGGGAAUAAACUACCAGCCCUCUCAGCCUCAGGAGAGAUCAUAGCCAUGUGUGCGCCCUCGCCUUUGCUCUCCAACCGUCGUGUCAUGGAGCUUUCUGCCCCAGAGCUGGGUGGAGUUGGCGGGAUGGGUAUGUCAUGCCCACCAAACGAUCGGCGUGGCAGUGGCACCAGCAGCCUCAGUUCAGCCUACACAGUGAGCCGUCGUUCAUCCAUGGUCUCUCCCUAUCUAUCGAGUAGACGCUCCAGUGACGUGUCUCAGGUGGGUCAGGGUGGUCACUGCCAGUCUGUGAUGGGUAAUGAUGUGCUUGGUGGACCACUGUCUCCUCAGAACAGCCAAAGAGUUGGACCAUGCCAGAAUGCAGUUGGGUUGCCAGGUCUACCGAAUCUCACCCCUGCACAGCAGUACAGUCUAAAGGCUAAAUAUGCAGCUGCAACCGGUGGCCCACCACCCACCCCUUUACCCAACAUGGACCAACCUGGCACCCCCGGCAGACAUGUCAGAUUCUUGAGAGAAUGCCAUGGCCAGCCCCUUCCUCCAUUCCUGCAGCAAGGGGGCGCAAGAAGGCAUAGUGCCAAUACUGAGUACGGCACAGGAGUGAUCUACCCACAUCAGGCACCGGGAAACAACGCAAGACGUGCCAGUGACCCAGUACACUCAGGCAGUGACCCACAGGGCUUACCCAAAGUGCAACGCUUCAACAGUUUGAGUAACGUGUCCCUCAUGAGUCGUCGCAAUGCACUGCAGCAGUGCGGGUCGGAUGCUGCUCUCAGCAGGCAUUUGUACUCACCGCGCCCACCGAGCAUUACUGAAAAUGUCAUGAUGGAAGCCAUGGCCAUGGACUCUCACGGGAACGCUGCAGAAAGCAACAUGACACCGGGUGGAGACCAAGCCUACAUGGGUUACCAACAAUCUCAGCACCACUCUCACAAUGCUAGCCAGCUCUCUCCUGGACAAGAAGUCUUGGGAAGCAUGGAUCAAGUCUACCAGACUCAGAUGGAAGGCCAUUACCAGGCCCAGACUGACAUUGCAAACAGUCUUCUACAGCAGGCAGAGUACAGCAUGAGCACCUGUCAACUCAGCCCAUCUGGUCCACAUUAUCCCAGCCAGGGGCAGCCGAGUGAUGGGUCAGGGCCCUGGGGACAGAACGGCCAGCUCCAUAGCCCCCAGACUGGCUUGCAAUACCAGGGUGGAGUCAUGCAAGGGCAGCACUACCCUCAACAGGGUGUAUACAAUCCUACCUCUGACCCACAGAGAGUUACGAUAAAACCAGAGCAAUUCCAUCCCUCCAUGGGAGCGUCAAGCUCCUGCCAGAAUACCAAAACUCUACACCAGCAUCGCCAUACGGGGAAUAUGCUGGGUUAUCCACCACAGUCACAAGUCCAAGGCUUAAUGGGAAGAUCUUCCACUGCUAACUGUGAAUUCCAUCAUGGCCAGAUGGGAACACAAGCCAGUCUUCAGCAGCAAAGCCAAACCGGAUCAUUCCCCAACAGUGGAGGUGUAAGUCUCGGCUCACUGACAGAGAGCCGCAGGUCACAGACACCGAUGCAUCAGAUGAAGGAGAUGAUGGUGAGGAACUACGUGCAGUCACAGCAGGCUUUAUUGUGGGAACAGCAACAGGAACUAUCUGGGAAGACAGACGGCUUGGACUUGGGGGGACAAACAGCGAUGAUGCAGCACAGCCCUCAAAAUCAACAAGCCAACCAGAUGCUUUAUCACGGCAACACUUACCAAGGUUACCUAAAUCAGAGCGUGAUGAGCCCACCACACAAUCGAGUUCCCAGUUCAGUGCCAGUUAAGGACCAUUCCUGCUAUGGCCAGGACAUGGUGCCACGACCACCUCAAGGGCGGAAGCCGCUGAGUCGCCAGAACAGCCUUUAUAGCUUGGGCAGCCCACCUCAACUCAGUCCCGUCCACUCUACCGCCAGUCCUAGAAGAGCGGUACGAUUACCACCAGUUCAACAACAACUGCAGUAUUCAGAAAACUUUGCCAAUAACAACAAUCCCAUGUACUACACAGGUCAGAUUCACAUGCAUCAUGACAUAGAAAAGACUCUGGAACCCCAGGAUGAUCCAUGUCUGGCCCAGCAACACCUGACCAGGAUGGACCCUGGUGAAAAACCUUCUUCGAUGGUCUACUCCGACCCCGCGCCAAUGUCUAAUGCCUUAGAACACCUGGACUUGGAGAAUGCUCAGAUUGACUUUGCUUCCAUUAUCGAUGACCCUGAGCCUUCAUCUUACAGUCCAAUAAAUCCACCGAUGGGACACCACCCAUGCUCCUCUCAGACAUCCUCCCGUCUCACCACACCCCAGACCUCUAUCACUCUGCCUAGCGGCCUCUCCAAUAUGGCAAUCGGUGACAUGACCUCUAUUUUAACAUCUCUUGCUGGGGAGAACAAAUAUUUGAACACUCUGUCUUAAAGAGUUUGUUGAUAUAAUUGGAGAAGGUCCUAAUAGUCCAUUUUUAAUGGGCCAAAUUAAGCCAAGUGGACUCUGACACUAAAUGCUCCUGAGAUGCCAUCAUGACACCAAAGGUUCCUGGAGUCUCCCUCUAUAUGACGAUGUGCUGUGCAAUGCUGCAGGGGUUGAAUGGUUCUGCUUGUGCCCUUCACGGUCUCUCGCAGAUGUUGUGUUUGGUGUAAAAGUUUUAAUUGUAUAAAAUAUGUUUCUAAGCAUUACCACAAAGGUCUAAUUACUAUAGAGUGUAACAGUGCCUGCCCUCUUUUCAGCCGUCUUGGUUCUGGAAGUGUUUUUCCAUUAAUUUCUUUCUUUGGGAUUUCAUAAAAUCCUUUCUAAGAGUUGUAAGCCAUGAACCAACCAGCUCAGGUGAAUCACAACAUUACAAACAUUGAUUUAAAAACAAAAAAGUGUUUGAAAAUCAGCUAACAAGACAAAAGGUACAAGACUGUGUCCUUAAUGUUUUUAACAAGGCAAUGACUAUAAUCCCAUGAAGCACUGUGAAUUACGUAACUGAAUAAAAGGGACAGUUCACCCAAAAAUGACAAUUCCCUCAUCAUUUACUCACCCUCAUGCCAACCCAGAUGUGUAUGACUUUCUUUCUUCAGUAGAAGAAGAAUGUGAAUCACCAAAAACUCAAGAGGAAGAAUGUGUGGGGGUCUGGGUAGCUCAGUGAGUAUUGGCGCCGACUAUCACCCCCUAGAUUCGCGAGUUUGAAUCCAGGGCGUGCUGAGUGACUCCAGUCAGGUCUCCUAAGCAACCAAAUUUGUCCGGUUGCUAGGGAGGGUAGAGUCACAUGGGGUAACCUCCUGGUGGUUACGUUUAGGGGUUGUUGCUAUCAAUGGGGCGUGUGGUAAAUUGUGCGUGGAGUAGCAUGAGCCUCAACAUGCUGUGAGUCUCCUAAGCAACCAAAUUGGCCCGGUUGCUAGGGAGGGUAGAGUCACAUGGGGUAACCUCCUUGUGGUGGUGAUUAGUGGUUCUCGCUCUCAAUGGGGCGUGUGGUGAGUUGUGUGUGGAUCAUGGAGAGUAGUAUGAGCCUCCACAUGCUGUGAGUCUCCUAAGCAACCAAAUUGGCCCGGUUGCUAGGGAGGGUAGAGUCAUAUGGGGUAACCUCCUCGUGGUUACGUUUAGGGGUUUUCGUUCUCAAUGGGGCGCGUGGUAAAUUGUGCAUGGAUUGCGGAGAGUAGCAUGAAUCUCCACAUGCUGUGAGUCUCCUAAGCAACCAAAUUGGCCCGGUUGCUAGGGAGGGUAGAGUCACAUGGGGUAACCUCUUCGUGGUGGUGAUUAGUGGUUCUCGCUCUCAAUGGGGCGUGUUGUGAGUUGUGUGUGGAUCGUGGAGAGUAGCAUGAGCCUCCACAUGCUGUGAGUCUCCUAAGCAAUCAAAUUGGUCCGGUUGCUAGGGAGGGUAGAGUCAUAUGGGGUAACCUCCUUGUGGUGGUGAUUAGUGGUUCUCGCUCUCAAUGGUGUGUGUGGUGAGUUGUGUGUGGAUCGUGGAGAGUAGCAUGAGCCUCCACAUGCUGUGAGUCUCCGCGGUGUCAUGCACAACAAGUCACGUGAUAAGAUGCGCCGAUUGACGGUCUCAGAAGCGGGGGCAACUGAGAUUCAUCCUCCGCCACCCGGAUUGAGGCGAGUAACCGCGCCACCACGAGGACCUACAAAGUAGUGUGAAUUGGGCGUUCCAAAUUGGGGAGAAAGGGGGAUACAAAAAAAGAGGAAGAAUGUGAAAGUGAUCUGUUUCUCGCCCACACAAAUCAUACGGGUUCUGAAGAUACUCAUUAAACUACUGGAUUACUUUUAUGCUGGUUUAUGG